GGUAGUUCAACAGUACGGAGUUGCUCUGUUGCUCACAGUUAGGAUAAUUGCAUUUCUAUUUCAUUUCCCUUAACCCCCUUUUAAGUUCAGCCAAAGGGUCAUGUACUUGUGGAGGUGAACAAGGAACAACAUCCAUCCUGUACAGACAUAGCCCGUCCACCAUGGCUAGCGCACACGCAUCCGACUAUCCUCAUGACGACCUACGCGAUGAUGAAUCGAUUCUUGAUGAUGAUGUGAUUGAGGCUGAUCGUGACAUCGAAGCCGAUGACCCUCUACACCAAGACACGUCAGAUACUGCUCCGUUGCGAGGCAACAUCCAGCCCGAGACCUCAUCUUCUCGAGGCGGGGAAUCCAGAAGUGGAGGUUUCUCCAGCAGCUACCUAACCUCUUCGAUUCCCGGAGAAGACCGCCGCGCGACGCAGAACACCAUCGAUGAGACCGUCUGGCAGACGGUUUCACGCGACCUGACGGCCGUGUGGGAGAAGAUGCGCCAGGUUCUGUGGCCGAAAUACUUGAUGGGAGGAUUGUUGCAGCGUGGUGGUGGUGGUAUCGGAGCUGCUGAACGAGGAGAGGCGACCGGGUUCGGUGGAGGAUUGAGACACAUUGUGGGACGGUGGCCGGAUGCUGAUGUCGUCUUGCAAGGUGGGAUGAGUGAGGGAUUGCGAGAUUGGGAUCUUUGGGGUCCGCUCAUUUUCUGCUUGCUACUGAGUAUGUUUCUGUCGAUGCGCGCAAAGGGCGAGCAAUCGUCGCUGGUAUUUUCCGGAGUCUUCUGCAUUGUGUGGAUUGGUGAAUCUGUGGUUACGCUGCAGAUCAAAUUACUAGGCGGCAAUAUUUCGUUCUUUCAAUCGGUCUGCAUAAUCGGCUACACACUCUUUCCUCUCGUUAUUGCCGCUCUUCUCAGUGCCAUGGGCCUCCCCACCAUUGCGCGAAUACCCGUAUAUCUCGUCUUAAUUGCAUGGUCUCUGGCAGCGGGUGUCAGUAUUCUCGGAGGCUCGGGCGUCGUAAGGAACCGGGUCAGUAUUGCGGUUUACCCGCUGUUUGUGUUCUAUAUCUCGAUUGGGUGCCUUUGCUUCAUUAGUUAGAAGGGACCGGACAGUGGGAUGCUAUGCUACGUUUCCUCGCGGGUCGAAUGGAUUUGAGUCCUUGUCUCCUUCACUCUUAGCAAAACUGAUUACUUUGCCUAUAUCAUGUCGGAUAAAUCGUUUAGUUCUAGCAGAGUCAAGAUAUCCAAUGCACGUUUCUUUUUCCUUCC